CACAAGAAAACAAAACAAGGUCACACAAUAAGCAACCCUUCCCUCUUUCACAUUUCUUGUCCAAUCUCCACUCAAACCAAACCACCCCUAACCCUUUUUUCCUCUCUCUCUCUCUCCCUUUACACACAAUUCUCUUUCAAAGAGAGAUAGAGAUAGAGAGAACCCUCUUUCUCCUCUCUCCCCCCAUCAAUGGAAAUCAGCUCAAGAUUUCACCAUGACAGAGAGAAUCCAUCUCCAAUGAACUCACCAAAAAGCAAUGUAAGUAACUGUAUGAGCAGCAGCAACAGCAACAAUGGAAUCCAACUUCAAACACCACCCCUCACUCCAAAAACAAUCCCUAGAUCUGACUCAAAUCCUUACCCAACAACCUUUGUUCAAGCUGACACAACAACUUUCAAACAAGUUGUUCAAAUGUUAACAGGCUCAUCAGAAACAACAACCUCAACCACAACAACAACAACAACAACAACCUCAACCACAACAAAACCAAACCAAGAUCUACCUCAACAACCCACAAGAAACUUCAACAUCCCUCCAAUCAAAACAGCUCCAAAGAAACAAGGUUUCAAGUUAUAUGAAAGAAGGAACAGUCUCAAGAACAGUGUCCUCAUGCUCAACACCCUCAUGCCAAAUGUUUUACCUAGGAAACAACAACAGUAUCAACAACAAGAGAUUCUCUCUCCUAGCUUGCUUGAUUUUCCUUCUCUUGCUCUUAGCCCUGUCACUCCAUUGAACGAUGACCCUUUUGAUAAAUCUUCACCUUCAUUGGGAAAUUCAUCAUCAGAAGAAGAUAAAGCCAUAGCUGAAAAAGGUUUCUAUUUGCACCCCUCUCCUAUUACUACACCAAGAGACUCAGAGCCACAGCUUUUGCCUCUCUUCCCUCUCUCUUCACCUAGAGUCUCACAAUCAAGUUCUUGAGGAAGAAACAUUCGAUUCAUGUGUAAAAGAUUGAAACUUGCUAUGUGGGUCGUUUAGAUUGAGAAAUUUACAACAUGGGUUUUGAAACACAAGGUAAAAAAAAUACAUAGCUUGGUUUAAUUUGUAAAAGUGAAUUUCUUUUUCUUAGUCUUCUUACCAUGAAAUGGUCAAGACCCUUUUUCUCUUCUUUUUAAUUAUCAUGUUAAUUUUGUCUUCUAAUUCUAAAUAUUAUCUAUCAUUUACCUUUCCAUAAAUGAAAGAAGAAGAAAAAAGUCUCUUUGUCCUAUGAAUCUUGUUUUUUUCUUCUUCUUCUUUAUAUUUCAUGAAUAGUUUUUCUUCAAUUAUUAUUUUUGUUGUAAAAUCACAUCUUAGGUAUAAUCAUAAUUCAUAAGAUGAGAUGUCUCUUUAAUUCAUUACAUGAUUUCUUCAAAGUUUUUGUGUAUGUGUGAUUCAUGUUUCACACCAACUACAUGUCAAGUUGUGUUUGAGAAAUGAACAGAAUCCAAACAAAGCAAAGAGAUGAAAAGAGAGAUUGUUGUUUUUUUGAGAAAAUAAGGAAGCUUGGAAGGGACACUGACACAUUGUACUGGAAAUAACAUAACCAUGUACUAUGUUGUUGUCAUCAUAGAAAGCUGCACAAACAAGAAGGUUUGAGAGGGUCCAUCUUCUUGGUUGCUUAUACCACUUUUGUCUAAUCAAUUUCUAGUUAAUCUCGAAUCAUUCAAGAUGACUCGAGUUUGAAUCAAACAAUAACAACGUUUGGUUAGGUUUAAUUUACCUCUCGACCGAAUUUCAGAUUACCAGACUCAUCUCGGAGGCUUAAGACAUAACUCCAACAUAUGUAUAUGUUUUUGGUUUUUAGUCUUUUAUGACUUCUUUUUGAAGUAAAAUCAUGUAUUUUUGUAUGAAUUUUCAACAUCUUAAAGCAAUGAUUUUUCUUUCUUUGCAUCCUUAUUAAGUGAAGAACAUUAAUGCAUAAUGUUACCAACUUGUACUUGUAACAAUCUAGACAAGGAACCUAUGUAUUAUCAUAAAAAUUGUAGUAUUUUGUAAUAUAGGAUCUAUGUUUGUGUUGAUCAUAAAAUUGUUCAAAACAGAUAUUGUUCUGAAACCAUGCAAUCAUUUGAUGAAUAAGAAUUUUUUGUACUCA